AUGCUUUUCUCAAGGUGCGCGGCCGGAGCGGCCACUGCUAUAUAUGCAGGGAGUCAUGUUGCGAAAGCAAUAUCUCUUGACUUGAGCUCUACAGACUCGAUCAAAGGUGUGGCAAAGACUAUCGCAUACGACAUGAUGAGCUACUACAAUGGAAACACUACAGGAGGUAUACCGGGAAAUCUGCCAGCACCAUACUAUUGGUGGGAGGCUGGGGCCAUGUUUGGCAGCCUUAUCGAUUACUGGUAUUAUACCGGAGAUUCGUCAUAUAACGAUGUUACCUCACAAGCCCUAUUAUUCCAAGUAGGCCCGAACCAAGACUACAUGCCUCCGAAUCAAACGAAGACCGAGGGGAACGAUGAUCAAGGGUUCUGGGCACUCGCGGCAAUGUCUGCUGCAGAAGUGAAUUUUCCCAAUCCUCCUUCUAAUCAGCCACAAUGGCUGGCUCUUGCGCAAGCAGUCUUCAAUCUCCAAGCGAGUCGUUGGGAUACAACUACAUGUGGCGGUGGUCUUCGCUGGCAGAUUUUUACCUUUAACAAUGGCUACAAUUACAAGAACUCAAUCUCCAAUGGUUGCUUUUUCAACCUUGCUGCGCGGCUUGCGAAGUACACCGGAAACGACACUUAUGCGGAAUGGGCAGAAAAGGCUUGGGACUGGACGGCAAGCGUUGGGUUAUUAGACAACAGCUAUUACGUUUACGAUGGUUCAGACGAUACAAUAAAUUGCACGCAGGUGAAUCGAAUCCAGUGGACCUAUAAUGCUGGAGCUUUCCUCUUAGGCGCAGCUAAUAUGUAUAACCACACAAACGGGUCUGCGCUCUGGAAAGAGAGGGUUGACGGGAUGCUUCAAGGAACCGAUGUUUUCUUUCCUAAGAAUAACGUCAUGGAAGAGGUUGCUUGCGAGAAUAACGGGAUGUGCGACGUCGAUCAACACUCUUUCAAGGCAUACCUUGCUCGUUGGAUGGCUGCAACUACCAAAAUGGCUCCUUAUACCUACGAUGCAGUGAUGGCUAAAUUGGCACCGAGUGCACAAGCUGCCGCACAGCAAUGUAGUGGCGGAGCCAAUGGCAGAACAUGUGGCCUGAGAUGGCAAGAUAAUACCACUUGGGAUGGCAGUUAUGGUGUUGGCCAAGAGAUGGCCGCUCUUGAGGUAAUACAGAGUAAUCUGAUUGCACAAGUCACCGGCCCUGUGACGAACAGCACAGGAGGGACUAGCAAAGGAAAUCCAGCUGCAGGAACCUCUUCGAAUUCCAACCCGACGGUAAUCGGUCCAACCACAACGGGGGACCGAGUCGGCGCAGGCUUUUUGACCACAGUUGUGCUCAUCAUUUUCGUUGGAUCGAUUUGGUGGAUGAUUAUCUAA